AUGCAAUGCUGUGUGGACACAUCAAUCUUCACCUACGUGUUAUGUAUAAGAAAAGAUUGCAGCUAUAUGUGCUUUUAUGUUUUACAUGCUGGUGGGAAAUUUGGUGGUUCAAGUAGUGGUUACAGUGUCUAUGGGGGACUACAUGGUGUUGCCUUAUCUGUUGUUAAUGCAUUAUCUGAGGCAUUAGAAGUUACUGUUUGGCGUGAUGGAAAGCCUGUUUCAACUUUAAUGUGUCAUGAGCUUCUUGAUGAAUCAAAAGACCGCCAAGGGACACACAUUAAGUUUUGGCCUGACAAAACAAAAUUCACUACUGCAAUUCAGUUAGAUUAUAGCACUAAAGCUGGACGGAUUAGGGAGCUGGCUUUUUUAAACCCUGAGAUUACUAUUGCUCUUAAGAAAGAGAAUAUAGAUCCAGAGAAGAACCAGUAUAGUGAAUACUACUAUGCCGGGGGAUUGGUUGAGUAUGUGAAGUGGCUAAAUACUGACAAAAAACCACUUCAUGAUAUUGUGGGUUUUAGAAAAGAAGCAGAUGGAAUCAGAAUUGAUGUGGCUUUUCAGUGGUGCUCUGAUGCAUAUUCACAUACAAUGCUGGGAUACACUAAUAGCAUUCGUACAAUUGAUGGCGGUACUCGCAUAGAUGGUAUGAAGGCAUCAUUAACAAGAACUCUCAACAACCUCGGGAAGAAAUCAAAAAUUUUGAAGGAGAAGGAUAUUAGUUUAAGUGGUGAGCACGUGAGGGAGGGAUUAACAUGUGUAAUCUCUGUCGAAGUUGCAAAUCCAGAGUUUGAAGGCCAGACAAAGACAAGGUUGGGAAAUCCAGAGGUGAGGAAAGUGGUUGAUCAAUCUGUUCAAGAGUAUCUCACUGAAUACUUGGAGUUGCAUCCAGAUGUACUCGAUUCAAUCCUUUCCGAGUCCCUUAAUGCUCUAAAGGCUGUUCUUCCCUUGAGGGUUAAAAUUUUGAACAUUGAAAGAAAGGACAAAGCAGCAAUGUAUAAGAAUGAAGAGAUCCAAAUCUUAUUCUUGGGAGAGGAUUUUAAAAAGGAAGCUCUCCGCUAUCAUAAAAUUAUAAUCUUGACAGAUGCUGAUGUGGAUGAUGCUCACAUCCAAACUUUGCUAUUGACAUUUUUCUUUAGAUAUCAGAGAGCUUUAUUUGAUGAAGGUUGCAUUUAUGUUGGCGUGCCGCCCUUAUACAAGGUUGAGAGGGAAAAGCAAGCAUAUUAUUGCUAUGAUGAUACAGAACUAAAACAGUUACAGAGUUCCUUCCCUUCAAAUGCAUCUUACAACAUUCAGAGGUUCAAAGGUUUGGGGGAGAUGAUGCCUUUACAAUUAUGGGAAACAACGUUGGAUCCAGAGAAAAGACUGCUAAAGCAAUUAAUGGUAGAGGAUGCAGCAGAAGCGAAUGUUGUUUUCUCCUCUCUUAUGGGUUCCCGGGCAUGCAAAUCAAGCAUGUAGCUUAUGUUGCGGGUCUUGCAUCUAAUACUCGUGACAAUUAUAUAUAUCCACAUUUAUGGAGAGGGAGACACUUGGGUUUUGUUAGUGGGAAAUUGUAUGACUACUUUUCUUGCCAUAUAAUAUAGUUUGCAGGCUAAGAAGCAUGGACAUGGACACAACAUAGAUAUGCCGACACGAUUUUUUAAAAAAAAUAUAGGACACGACAGAUGCAAAAUAUGUCAUAUAGGGAUAAAUUGUUAAAAU